GAAUAUUAUUACUUCUUACUGAUGAACACAAGAUGCAAAGCUUGAGUAAUUUGGAGUCACACAACUAAAUAGCAGAACUGGGGACUAUAAUCCAGGCCUUUUGAUUCUAACCCAAAGAUAUACUGAAAUUGUCCUCUGUUUCCACCAGAGACAUCUGCCUGGGCUUUAUCUUCCUCAGGGUAUCAACUGAGUAUUUUAAACGAAUUUAAAGUUAGCUAAAGUCAAUCUCCGCUGGGCGCAUGCGUCCCUUCCUUUCCCCUCUCACCCCACGGUGGAGACACACCGACUCGCUUCCUUCCGUCUUGACGCCUUUUGGCCCCAGCGACUCGCCGUUGCCCAAACUGAGACGUUCGCUAGUCGAGGUGAUGGCGACUGGGACACCAGAUUCGCAAGCGCGAUUCGGUCAGUCUGUGAAGGGGCUCCUCACCGAGAAGGUGAACACCUGUGGUACGGACGUGAUCGCGCUCACCAAGCAGGUGCUGAAAGGCUCCCGGAGCUCGGAGCUGCUCGGUCAGGCAGCUCGAAACAUGGUCCUGCAGGAAGAUGCCAUCUUGCACUCGGAAGAUAGUUUAAGGAAAAUGGCGAUAAUAACAACACACCUUCAAUACCAGCAAGAAGCUAUUCAGAAGAAUGUCGAGCAGUCUUCUGACCUACAGGACCAGUUGAAUCAUCUGUUGAAAUAGAACAGCUUGCAAGAGGGAAAAGCACUUCUUUGCCAGACACUGAGAAGGAAAUAUUUUACUCAACUGCUGUCCUAUGGGUUUGAUUUUCCAUUUUCUUCUCCAAAAGUUAAGUUAGAAAAGAUUUAUGAUGGUGUAUAGUUUCUUCUGAAGAGAAGCUAGGUGGUUGAAUUUUGGAAGUACUUCUUGAGGCUAAGUCAUACUCUUACUGAAGUUUUUAAUUGCUCUUUUUAGUUUGAUGUUAAAGCAAAAUUAAAGAGGUCUUGGUUUUUCCCAUAGAACUUUUAUAUGUCAAAAGCUAUAUCAUCUAAAUGUGAUUCUUUUUUUAAAAUGUGAUUCUUAAGCAAAUGCUGAAUGAUGUUUUAAAUUCAGAAAUACGGCUUCUGUUGUGAAAACAGGAAUGCUUAA